AUGGCUGCAUAUGAGGAACCUGAGCUUGCCAUCCAGACCACCUGCAACAGCGUCAUCCUCACCUUCCUCUCCACCCUGAGCUUCCCUCAGCCCACUGUGCUGUGGAGAACCAAGACAGGAAGUGACAUCACCAACCGGAGCAACACCACUAUGGUCCUGAAAGAAGGGGGAAAACAUUAUGAGGUGGUGAACGAGAUGGUGCUGAAGCAGAGUGACCCACACGAUUGGACUGUCACAUUUGAGAUGAGGCUGGAGCUCCUCAACCAGAGCUUCUCCCACUCUGUCAGCCUCCGCCCACUCCCACCUGCUGAUGGAUGUCCUGUUGGAAGGGACUUUCUAACAGCCUUCAUGGCAAACUUCAAAACUAGUAACUACUAUGCGGGCCUUCAACUGGCUAUCACUGCACACAAGACCAAUGCCAACGUGAGGCUGGAAGUCAAGGGCAUACGCUACACCAAAAAUGUGCUUGUUAAAAAAAGGUCCACUGUGCGAGUCCCCAUACCAUCUAAGGCUGAGAUAUGGAACCCAGGGUCAUCUGGCAAAACUCUGCAGAUCUCCUCUGAUGCUGACAUCUCUGUGGUGGCAUUCAACUACAAGCCAAGUACCGGGGAUAGCAGCAUAGUGUUUCCCACAACCGAACUGGACACCAAGUACAUGAUCUACACUCCCGAAACUGUCUCCAAUAAACACGACAAGCUAGUCGCCAUCAUCAAUGGCGAUCACAAGAACACAGUUAAUCUCCUCCCCUACAGAGACAUGAAAGUCAAAGGCAUGGCUAGGUGGAAGAAGGGUGUGAAGGUGACCAUCAAAAUGGCCCCGUAUGAGGUUUACCAACUCCGAAGCAGGGUGUCCCUCACAGGCACUGAAAUUAAAGCUAGUCGUCCGGUGGCUGUCUUGGCCGGGCACCAGUGCGCCAAGGCAGGUAUAUUCUGCUCACAUCUCUUCCAGCAGCUUUUGCCAGUGCAGAAGCUCACCACCCAUUGGCUGCUCAAUGGCCUGUACACCAGCUUGCCACUCGAACUGGAAGAUGGAAAAUUGUCCAUCAUCCGCAUUGGGUACUUUGGAGUGGUAAGCACUGACUUUGGCCUGAAAUUGAAAUUCGACUGGCACAGCAAAGUCAAGCUCACUCUUCCAGGCCCCUAUUCCGGGAAACUGGGUGGCCUGUGUGGCAACUGGAAUGGCGAUGCAACAGAUGACAUGGUCAUGCCUGACAACCGCCCUGCCAAAUCGGUUGCCAUUUUCGGCGAAAGCUGGAAGUCGAGGGAUGACCCGCGCUGCUCCAGUGACUGCGGUGGCAAGUGCCCCAAGUGCGAUCCCAAAUCGAUGCCCCGCUACCAGAAGAGCGAACUGUGCGGAAAGAUCACCAACCCCAACGGCCCCUUCAAGCUCUGCCACGGCAAAGUCAGUCCCAAUUCGUACUUUGACGACUGCGUUUUUGACAUGUGCCUGAAUGACGGCCACGCCUCCACCCUCUGCAGUGCCCUCACUGCCUACACUGAAGCCUGCCAGGAAGCCCAUGCGCAAGUCGGCGUGUGGAGAUCUGCCAACUUCUGCCCGACGGGGUGUGAUGAGAACAGCCACUAUGAGGUGUGCGCCAAGGCCUGCCCUUUCAGCUGCCUGGAUCUCUCACAGCCGGAGACCUGCGAUGAGGCGGCAGCCUGUGCAGAGGGCUGCGUGUGUGACGAGGGCUUCGCGCUGAGCGAUGGCGGGUGUGUGCCGCAGACGGACUGCGGCUGCCUGCACGACGACCGCUACUACAAGACGGGCCAGGUCUUCUUCCCGGAGGGCCUGUGUGCGGCUCGCUGCGUCUGCGAGGGGGGCGGGGUGGUCCGGUGCGACAGGAACUUCAGCUGUGGCCCCGAUGAGAAGUGCCAGGUCAAGGACGGGGUGCGGGCCUGUUUCCCCGAUGGAGCCGGAACCUGCUCUGUGUUCGGAGCGUCCACUUACCACUCUUUCGACAGCCGGUCCUUCAACACUUUCGGGAACUGCGUCCUCAUCUUGGCGCAGGUCACGACGGCAGUUCAGCGAAUUCCCUUCACGGUUUCGGUGAAACAGGAGUCCAUCCCUGGAGAGUUGCCAGUCACCAGGAGUGUAGAGAUCAAGGUUAACGGAUUGAAGAUAGCCUUGUUCCCUGGAACCAUUUGGGAAGCAGAGGUGGAUGGUGAGAAAUGCAACCUGCCUUGGUCCCAGGAUGAUAAAAAGGUGAAAGUGUUCCAGAAUGGGCUUUACAUUGUUGUAGAUACGGAUUUUGGCCUGAAGGUGAAGUACGAUAGUGUCUCGGGAGUAAUCACUGAGGUCCCGUCCACUUACAAAGGCGUCAUGCAUGGCCUGUGUGGCAACUACAACGGUGACCCGGAUGAUGACUUCUCCAUGCCCAGUGGACUCCCGGCUUCCACACUAGAUUUCUUUGUCGAAGCCUGGGUUGUGCUCCCGGAAGAUGCGCAGUGCCAGGUCCGGUGCGGCUCAAAGUGUCCCAAUCCCGACGAGGGGAAGAAGCCCGACGCUGAGGAGGCGUGUUACAUUCUGAUGAAGAACAACGGGCCGUUCGCACAGUGUCACUUGGCUGUACCACCCCAAAAAUACUUUGAAGAGUGUGUUCAGGAAAUGAUCCAAUGGCAGGUGAACACCACACUUUGCCCGCACAUACAGAGGUAUGCGGCACUCUGCCAAGCAAUUGGAGUCACCAUCAAGGAGUGGAGAACAAAGACCUUCUGUUAUAUUCAGUGCCCAGAGAAGAGUCACUACGAGCUGUGUGCGGACACAUGCGCCUCCACCUGCGCCUCGCUCAGCGUCUCCUCCCAGUGCCCCCACUGUCACGAGGGAUGCCAGUGUGAUGAAGGCUUCGUGUCCGACGGCAGCAUGUGCGUUCCGCUGGGCAGCUGCGGCUGCGUGGUGAACGGUCGCUACUUUAAGUGUGGAGAAUCUGAAAUGCAAGAGGAAUGCACUCAGAAAUGCAGCUGUAAGAAUGGAGAGUUUUCAUGCAAGGACACAAGCUGUACAGAUACUGAGAUGUGCCUGAUCAAGAAAGGAGUCAUGGGCUGCUACAAAGAUCCCUGUGAAGAGAAAGACUGCCGUGUGAAGGAAGGCUGCAUGUUGGUGGGGAAUGAGGCCGUGUGUGUACCCGACUCAAGGGCAUUCUGUUGGGCCAUGGGCGACCCCCACUAUCAGGGCUUCGACGGUGGGUAUUUCUCAUUCCAGGGAACAUGCUCUUACACACUGGUCAAGACAACUGGAAAGGACCAGACCCUUCCGGCAUUCACCAUCGAGACCAGGAACGGCAUGCGUGGGAAUCCUGAAGGCUCGUUUUUGAGGUCGAUCUUCAUCAAGCUGAAGGGUCACACAAUUUUCAUUCCCUUCAUGGACCGUGGGAAACUGUUGAUUAAUGACACCAUCAGAAAUAUGCCAGUUUUCCUGGAAAAUGGCACCAUAAAGAUCACACAGACCGGUAUAAAGGGGACCCUGAUGACAGACUUUGGCCUAGAGAUUGUUUUCGACUGGAUCUCCAUGUUCAUGGUCACGGUAAGCAGCAGCUACUAUGACAACCUGGCUGGCUUGUGCGGGACCUACAACGAAAACCAGAUGGACGACUUCAAGACGCCUGGUGGUUCGAUCGUGGUCAACAACACCACGGAAUGGGCCCGGUCUUGGGCCGUAGACGACGGCAACCCCUUCUGCUGGCACUCCUGCCUCGGUGCCUGUCCGACUUGCUCUCAGGAGGCCCAUAAGAUGUAUGAAACCGAGAAGUACUGCGGUUCAAUCAUACAGAAAGACGGCCCCUUCAAUCCGUGUCACGGUGUAGUCGAGCCUGACGAAUAUGCUUCGAACUGCAUUUAUGACGUUUGCUCCAAUGAUGGCCGACAAGAUGUGUUGUGCGCGGCUCUCACCACCUAUGUGGCGGCCUGUCUGGAGACGGAGAUCCAAAACAUUGUUGACCCUAAGUGGAGGGAAAUUACCAACUGCACCUGGCCCUGUCCUGAGAACAGCCACUAUGAGCUGUGCAGCAGCCCCUGUCCUGCCACCUGUGCGGAACCCGAUGGCCGGGACAACUGCUCCCUGCCCUGCACCGAGGGCUGCCACUGUGAUGCCGACCUGGUGCUCAGCGGAGACAAGUGCGUCCACUUCGAAACCGAGUGCGGGUGCAUGCAGGGCGACCGCUACUACAAGCCUGACGAAACCUUCUGGGACGACGACGAGUGCCAAAGCAAGUGCACAUGCGAUGGGAAGACCCAGACCGUGCGGUGCGAGAAGAGGGGGUGUACGAAGAACGAGCACUGCGGGGUGGUCGGCGGCGUCCGGGACUGCUACCCCACCCACUUCAAGACCUGCCUGGCGCGGGGGGACCCCCACUUCGUGACCUUCGAUGGCGUGCGCUUUGACUUCCAGGGAAACUGCAUCUACCAGCUGGCCACGGUCUGCUCCAAAGUUAACGAGCUGGAGCAGUUCAACAUCACACUGGAGAACAACAACCGGGGCAGCCGGCGCGUGUCUUUCGCCAAGGUGGUGACGGUCUCCACGGCCCACGCUGUUUUCACCAUGAGCCGAAAUUUCCCCGGAAGGGUCCUGGUCGAUGGUGUCCUGACCUCCCUCCCCUUCUACCUCAACGACACCGUAGCAAGGAUCUACCGGAGGGGCCGCCUGGCUGUUUUGGAGACUCAUUUCGGUCUGACGGUCACCUACGACUGGAAGAGCUCGGUGCGCGUCACGGUGCCGAGCACGUACCACGGCGCCAUCUGCGGCCUGUGCGGCAACUACAACGGCGACCCCACCGAUGACCUCCGCCUCCCCGGCGGGGCGCAGGCCAAGAAUCCCACGGAGUUCGGGGACAGCCACCUGGUCGGGGAAACUCCCGGGUGCUCGCCCGUCUGUAAGGACUGCGCCUCGCCCUUGCUGAAGCCUGGGACGCCGCUCCCGGACUAUGUCUCUCAGUGCGACGUCAUCACCGACAGGACUGGCCCGCUGCGGGACUGCCGGGACAAGGUAGAAACCUUUCAGUACCACGAAAACUGCGUCUUUGACGUCCAUCUGAAUCAGGGUCUGCAGAAGGCGGCCUGCGACCUCAUCGAGGCUUACAUUGAGGACUGCCAGGAAAAGGGCGGGAAGAUUGAAGAAUGGCGAAGCAAAGACUUCUGCGCCUUCUCCUGCCCCGUGAACAGCGCGUACAAUCUGACGGCCCCGGGAUGCCCUCCCACGUGCUACAGCAUGGCUGCCCCGCCAGGCUGCAAGGCCAGCUGCAGAGAGGGAUGCCAGUGUAACCCCGGCUUCAUGCUGAGCGACAAGCAGUGCGUGUCGCUCCACGACUGCGGCUGCAGUCACGAGGGCCGCUACUACAAGUCGGGCGCCGAGUUCUACAGCGACAGAACAUGCCGGAAGCACUGCACCUGCAGCUCGGGCGUGCUGGACUGCCGGCCGAGUGCGUGCGGCCCCCAGGAGACCUGCUCCGUGGUGGACGCCGUCCUCGGCUGCUUCCCGAAAAGCGACGCCACCUGCGUGCUCUCCGGCAACUCCUACUUCCACACGUUUGACCGCCGGGGCUUCAACUUCUGGGGCCCCUGCGGAUACACCCUGGUGCAGGGGUCCGAGGCUGCAGGACAGCAGCGCUUCCACGUGGGCGCCCAGAUGGAGCCCAGCAAGAAGUCCGUGCUGCUGGAGAGCGUGAUGGUCGACGUGUUCGGCCACUCGCUCGUCCUGGAGAGGGACUCUCCCUGGCAGAUUGAAGUUGAUGGCGUCCACACAAACUUGCCAGUUUCUCUUAAUGAUGGAAAGCUGAAGGUUACCCAAGAAGGCAGGGGGAUGGUGCUGCAGGCCAGUUUUGGCUUAAGAUUGACCUACGAUUUCCAGACCAUGGUAUCCAUCACUGUACCGUCCACUUACUACGGUCAGGUGUCUGGGCUGUGCGGAAACUACAACGGCAACGCUGACGACGACUUAAAGCUGAGUUCGGGAGUCCAGACCGAUGACGUGAGUGUGUUUGGUGCCGCUUGGCGAUUGGAGGGCGACGAUUUGACCUGCGGCAGUGCUUGUCCCAAAGAUGGCUGUGCCAAGCCGGACAAUCAGGUGAGAAGCAAACUGGGAAAGCGAAAGAAGUGUGGCCUGAUCUCCGAUGCCAACGGGCCACUGGCCGCUUGCCACUCCACGCUGCCCCCUGCUGGUUUUCUACAGACCUGCAUCUACAACAGUUUCCUUGCAGGUGCCAACGCGGAAUCUGUUUGCUCAGGGAUAGAGGCAUAUGUCUCUGCCUGCCAGGCAGCCGGCGUUACUCUGAAAGCCUGGAGAACUGAAAGUUUCUGUCCUGCUGAUGAAUGCCCGGUUAACAGUAACUACACCCUCUGUACGCACACCUGCUCCAGCAACUGCAAUAGCCUCACCAGCCCAGAAAUCUGCCCAAAUGUCUGCCUUGAGGGUUGCAAGUGCGAUGAUGGGUUUGUUGCUGAUGGAAACCUGUGUGUGCCUGUUCAGAAAUGUGGCUGCAGCAUUAAUGGAACAUACCUGAAGAGUGGAGAGACGGCAUACAUGAGUAAGUGCUCCCAGAGGUGCAGGUGCAGCGCACACAACAACCCGGUGUGUGAAGCAACCGCCUGCCCCGCCGAGACUUCGUGCGACAUCGCUAACGGCUUCCUGGAAUGCCUUCCUGCCAACAGCACCUGCACCUUGAACAAUGGCAACUCGAUCACAUCCUUCGAUGGAAACAAAUUCGAAUUCAAGGAGAAGGGACACUAUGCAUUGUUCCAUCCCAGUUCCACUAAGUUGCGUACGAGGUUCAAGGUGGGAGCAAAAAUCCAACUCCUCAAUGGACGGUUAACCCUGGCAGGGGUCCAGGUUGUAUUUGAAGGCACAGAGGUCAUAGUAUCACCACAAAAUACAGUGUGGGUUCAAAAUGAGCCAGUGUCGUUGCCAUGGGUAUCAAAGAAAAAAAGGCUUGAGGUCAACAAAACAGACCGCGAUAUAAAUAUCCUCUACCAUGGGAAAGUGGCAGUGACCCUGAGAAUUCAAGGUGACAUGUCGGUGACAGUGUCCAGAUCUCUGCUCAGCCACGUGAGGGGUCUCUGUGCUUCCCACCGCCCAGGGCCCCAAAAGAUCAAAUGGAGCCACAUGGCCUUCACCAAAAACAUGAAGAACCUGCUUGGCAAAUUGUUCGCUUGGAAAUUGUUCGGUGACUGACCCCACACCUGCUAAUUCCAUUUUGUAGGCUACUAAAUGGAAAUUAGCAUUGUGCCUUGAACUGUAUGACUGAUUCAAUCUCUCUAAGCACCAUGAUUUUAUGAAAUCGUUAAAAAAAACAAAAAAAAAAAACAAAACAUAUACUCAAAACACUAAUAAAAAAGCGUUCU